CGUACAUGACUGUGCGAUUGCGCUUUUUCGACCAAGUGUACUUCCUCAUUCAGUCAGUUUUAAUCUUUAGGACUGUGCAGAACGAAACAUAAUGCGGAUUUUCACAAUUGUGUUUGUGUUAAUACUGGGUACGGGUCCAGUAAAGGGGACAAAUUAUUCAAUUGACACAACCACUAACGAUUGGGGUAAAGCGCCUUGUACAUUGGCCGCUCCAACACUCAUCUACAACAGUUCAUCAAGACAGUGGAUGGUGAAUAAGCUACCUCAGGAUAUCCAUCCAAGUGGUGUUUGGAUUGGAUAUAUUAACACAACUGUAGCGUUGGAAUACAUCGGGUGUACAACACAUGUGAGAAACGAACCUGUUCUUCUGAACAGUGUAGGGGAUUGCCAUUUUAUUUGCAAAGGCACGGCUUUUGCAGUUCAAGUAUCAGAUGUGAACAUCAACUGCGUGUGUGUGAAUACUACCGAUUAUCUGCGCAACAAGAGCUGUACGGAAAACUGCGGACAACAUUUUCUCUGUGGCCAACCGAAAACGAGCGCUUUUGCAAUUUAUAAUAAAACAGGUACAACAACACAGCCCACUGAGAACGAUCACUUUUGUUUAAACUACUUUUAUGCCAUGAAUUUUACCUGGAAAUCGUGUUAUAAUUCCUAUAAACGAGUUCUAUGCAGAGAUUAUGAUGCACAUGCACAACCCUUUGCGAGAGUUCAUCCUGACACAUCCCCGUUACCAGCAUCAUGGUCGAUAGCAAAUAAAUUGUGUUUUAAAAAUGAUAAACUCCCUGCAACUAUGCAAAGUAUACGAAACAGUAUCAAUGCUAAUCUGUUCAACGAUGAUAACGCCCAAUCAUACUGGACUGGCAUCCAAGUAACAUAUACACUGCAAAAAGCGGAAAGUCAUUAUCAUAUUGAAUAUCCUAAAGGUGUGGGUUUUGGAUAUUUGGCCUCUGACGGUAUCGUUCACUUUGCAAAACAUGGACACAAAAGAAGCCUGUGUCAGAAUUUGUCGUUAGAUUCAAGCACCACGGAUCAAACAAGAAGAACGGAGAAUGCAAUGUCAGAAGAAUCCUCGGCAGUAGCUAUUGGAGUUGGCAUUUCUAUUGGAGCUAUUACCAUAGUCGCUGUAGCUGGUGUUAUAGUAAUAUUACAUAGAAGAGGAAAUUUGUCGUGCUGUCUAGAUAAGAAAACAAUUAAGUCUUCAGAAAACAAUGUCAUUGACUCAAAUAAAGGAUAUGGCGAGAAACCCGAAAAACCGGUCCAUAAUUAUUAUGUACUCGAAAAGGUCAACACAAGAGAAUCAUUCGACGGCGAUAUAAAUACUGGUGAUCCGAACCUGAAAAAUAGAGAGGAUGACAACUAUACUUCAAUUGAAGACACCGAUGAGACUCAUACAAACGUCAAAGAAAACGAUUGUGACUACGACUAUUCAAGUAAUGGUAAAGCAAUUAAAACGUCAUGCUAUGGCCCUGAAAAUGUUUAUAAUCGACUGCAAUUAGACCGCCAUGGUGGCUAUGAAAAUACUAACGGUCAGGCUCGUGGUAUGUGCAACGACGUCGGGAAUGACUACGAUACCGCGACCGGUGCAUUGCCUUGUAUGCAUAAAUCUGUGCUUGGUGACGACAGCGACUACAAUCACAUCAAUGCUGCUUCAAAUUAUACACAAAACAGACUCAAUUCUUCUAAAGAUACACCGAACAUCGAUUAUGACGUUAUUAACGGUACAAAGUUUACACUUCAUUCCGCUGACAAUGCCGGUUAUCACCACGUUGAAAAAAAGAGUAGUGGUUAAUGUGUGUUGAAACCUGUGUAAAACUGUCGUGCAUUUGAAUCAAACAAUUUAUAUAAUUGUAUGCACCGUGAAAAAGACUAUAAUUACCACAUGUAUUAAGGAACAGGAGCAAACACUGUGGACAAGACAUAGUUGAUGCAAGCGAACUUAAUAUUUUAUAUUCGCAGCUUCAAGGAUAUCACUUCUGGUUAAUUCCCUUCGUUGGAGUUAGUUCGGAUUAUAUAAAAUAAUUAAUCAUAAGUAUUUGUUUGACUCGAAAAUCAUAUUCACAUUUCAUACAUUGAACAUAAACAUUUGUCUCUAUAUACUGUCGGUCACUUUUUCGCUUUUAAAAUAAAAUGGAUGUUUCUAAUA